AUGUUCCAGACUGAGACCGAACUCGAGGAUCUUCCUUACCGCAAGGAGGAGAACUUGGAGCUCUUAGAAUCGUUCGACACACCGGAGCCAGAGCACUACAAGGAGAGUCAGACGGAGGAGUACGCUGACAACGAGGCGGAAGGCGAGGAUAACAGGUUGUUAUUCUCCACAGAAGACGAAACCAGGGGCAGCGGAGCCUCAGAGAUAGACAGGAACAUACACUCAGCUAUUGAGGGAACCAGUUCUGUCCACUAUGACAACCAGGGUGCUUCAUCGUCUUCGUUGUCCGCAACAGCCGGCCAGUCGUCAUCUAUGCCUUCACUGUCUUCGUUUUCGGAGAACACGGACUUGGAAAGCCAAAUAAACCCCAACAGAAGGCUCUCGCCACGGGAGAGAAUCUUAAACGUAGUGCAUGCUCUCUUCCCCGUAAGACAGACGUACGACAGAAUAAACAAUGGACUCACUACUGGUAGAAUGCAGGCAAAUUUGCCAGGGAACUUCAUUGGGCAGGGUACUGAUGGUGUGUUCCGUAAUUUGAUGGCAAAGCCAGACACAGAAUCGAACCGUCUUGAAUUAGAGACUCAUCCGCCUUCAUACGAUGAAGCGGCAGCUGAUGCUACACCUGAAUAUUGGGAAUCCACCGUUAUUUCCCCCAUGUAUGAAGAUGAAGUAUUUGUGGAGGGACUUCCUGUGGGAAAUGUUGCUAACUUUGUGUGGAAUGGGCUCGUUUCAGUUGCAUUCCAGUUUGUUGGAUUCAUACUUUGUUACUUGCUCCAUACGUCACACGCAGCCAAGCAGGGUUCCAGAGCUGGGUUGGGGAUUACUUUCAUCAUGUAUGGGCUCUCCAUGAUUCCUAGUAACAACGGACACGCCAACAGCAUACCAAAUAGAUACGAGCCUGAAGAUCCGAACGGAUUCGAUGUCAACAAGGGAACCUCCGUGUCUAAGGGAAGCAAGAUCGAUGACUACAAUGCAGGAAUUUUCCAGCAACAUGCUGAAGAGCUUAGCGAAUUGUUUGAAAGCAAAACGCCUUACUUCGCUUAUGGAGUGAUUGCCUUUGGGUUGUUUAUGAUAUUGAAAGCCUUGGUAGAUUUCUGGAAAGUUACCCAGAUUGAAAGAGUGAUUCUUGCGCCUCCAGGAGGUGCUAGUGCACUGAGUCCAUUCCUGUGGGAAACCACAAAUAAUGCGCCAACAAACGAAGAAAGCAGCGAAAGUGAAAAUGGCGGUCAUCGCUUACAUGACGACGAAGACCUGGAAGAAGAGGAAGAAGAACAAGAACAGGUACGGGCUUAG